AUGAGUGAGAGUGAAAACGCUUUUCAAUUCGACUUGUCUCCAGGGCAACCUUGGCAUCAACAUCCCCGUUUCCAUAGAUACUGGCAGCAUUAUUACUCUGUUCGUGACUGGUACUAUAAUUAUUGGUUUACGCCAUAUACGCUGCCGGCACUGCAGACGCAACCGUAUUUAUCUUAUCCCUUCAACUUGCCUAACCAUCUUCAUCACAACACAUUUGACGGUUACCAUGACAACUCACAACCAUGGUCUUCUCGUUCUGGGCAACAGGGUUUUCUAAAUCAACCAAGCACUGCACAAGGGUCAUUUUUACAGACUACCUGUGGACCAAAUGAGCAAUCCGAAGAAAGUUCAGAAACAACCACGGAAGAAGAUGUUGAUGAAGGGGAUAAUUUUGAAAUGGAAGUUAGUCACGAGAUGAAGGAAUUUUUUGCAAAAUCAGAAAAACAUAGAAAGGAACGAAAUAAAGAGAAUGCCUUUGUUGCACCAAGAAUAUUAUAUGGAAAAGACGCAGCCGUCAUACAUGGAAUGGAAACAGCACUACAACUACAAUUUGAUAGGAAUUGUGACAAGAAACAGCCCAAAAUUUGGCCCACUAUUCCAUUGAAAUUUUAG